CCUGUAUCACCACCAUUGUCACUUGCCGUCGUCGUUCGUCAUCGCUCGCCCUGACGACGAAGCGUGCAGUGCAGCAGCAGGAUGGUGGUGAAGCGGUCUUGCAGACGCAGCCGGGUGCUUGAGGUGGUUGUUGUGCUGCUGGCAGCGAUGGCGGUGGAUCUGCAACAGCAAAGACCCUUGGUUGUAACUGGUGCGAGCACCAAAGAGAACAGUAACGGGGCGAAGCGCGUCGCUGAACCCCCGACCACCACCACCACCGGCAGUCACCCCAUCGGCUACAUUCUUGUUGAAGUGCGGCAUCCCGUGCUUGUUGAGGAACUGGCGGUGAUUCAGGCAGCAGCAUCAUACGCGGUGGAUGAUUUGCCAGAUGCACCCGCAUCAACACUGCAGGUGCAAGUGAUCGACGCCACAACCAUCGCUACCGAGCGUAGCGAUGAUGAUGGGGAUGGUGGUGGUGGUGGUGAUGGUGGUGGUGGUGGCAGCGGCGGCGAUGGUGAUGAUGAUCGCAGCAGCACCCUCUGCAUCACCACCAACAUGACAGCCCUCAAUAUCACCCAGACAGAGUGUAAUGUGCUGCCGCGCGACAACGACGACGCGCUCAUGUCGCAUCUGGUGCAUCUGCUCAAGGCCUGGCACUGGCAGCGGCUUCUCGCAGUCACACCGCAGUGCUCCUACUCGGACCUCAACCCAUACCAGCUGGCGCUCACAUCCCGCCUGCGCGAGGAGGGUGUCGAAGUGUUGUUCCGGCAAGACGGGCUGUCCCCCGUGCCCUGCGCGGAGGAAUGGCGAGCCAACCACCACAUUGGUCUUCUGUUUGCCACUGGCCACCAAGAUGCAGCAGACACCGUCCUCACCACGUAUCAGGCUGGCUUCUUCAAGCAAGGGUGGCACAACAGGGCGACAGUGAUUGGUGACACCGCACUUCCCGUUGCUGUGAAGAUGACGCGGGCAUUCCCUGACGGCACGUACGACGACACCAACUUGCGGUAUGAGGCCGCGUCUCUGGCGCAGUUUCGCCACUGCAAGAACAUUGUGCAGCUGCUUGGCGUGGUGACGGCUGGUGACCAGCCCAUGCUGCUUGUGCUGGAGUACUGCGAGCACGGGGCGUUGGAUUCGUUCCUGCAGCGCUACACGCUUCGCCGCCAACUCGACUGGGCCACAAAACUCAAGAUGGCCCGCGACAUUGCCAGAGGCAUGCGGGCCAUUUCCACGGCUGGCGCGUUGCACAUGGAUCUUGCUGCACGCAACGUGCUUGUGAGUGCAGACAUGACGUGCAAAGUGGCCGACUUUGGAUUGUUCAAGGACCACCAGUACUACGAGAUGCACCAGGAGAAGAUCAUCCCUGUCCGUUGGACGGCGCCCGAAGUCCUCAACCUCCAGCGGUUCUCCACUGCCAGCGACGUUUGGAGCUAUGGCAUUGUGCUGUUCGAGAUUGCGACAAAUGCGUGCGAGAAGCCGUACAGCAGCAUGUCCAACACCGCUGUGGUGGAGGCUGUGUCCUCUGGCCAUCGCCUGCCCUGCCCUGCGUGCUGUCCUCUCGAGGUGUACGGACUCAUGCUCCAGUGCUGGAUGGCGGAUCCUCAGGAACGCCCCUCGUUCGCCGAUAUCGCACACACGCUCACGUCCACCAUGCGCACAGUGGCAGCGGGCCGCGAACUGCAGGGAACACUGCACAUCACAGGGACGCAGAUGGCGCUGGGUGAUCGUGGCAGCCGUGGUAGUUGUGCUGUUGGGAGCGGUUGUGGUAGCAGUAGUGGGACUGAUAGUGUUGGGAGGAACAGCAUUGUUUCAGGGCCGCAGAAGAGGGGCAGUGACUCCGCUGUGGUGUCGUGGGAUGGGGGCAGCGGUGCUGAUGCUGUUGAUGUUGGUGGGGUGAUGCAUCCAAUCCACCCAGCGCAAGCACACGUCCUGCAGCAGCAGCAGCAGCAGCAACUCUUUGCCAUGCAGCAGCAAUUCACGAUGCAACAAGAACAACAACAAGAGCAACAGCAGCAGCAGCAGCACCAGACAUCGGCAACUCCUGUUGCGCCAGUCAUGUGUGCUGGUCCAAACAUUGCUCAACCACAGCAACAGUGUUACGUGCAACAUCAGCAGAUCUCCUUCCCCUCAGAUAGCCAACAGCAUCAGCAGCAGCAGUACCAGUACCAGCAGCGAGCAGACGGCUCGCCACUUGUGCCGCCGAGGGAUGUGGUGAAUAUCAUGUCCAAGCUGAAACAGCAGGGCUUUGCAAUGCACCGGCACGACGCACCGCAGCACUUGCGCCCAACGAGUGUCCCCAUAAUUGCGCACGUUAGCCACAGCAGCAGCAGCAAUCCGAGCACGGGCUACGGCUCCACGUUCGUGUCUGAUGGCGAGUACGCCACCAUGCAGGGGCAGCGGACACGCCGUGUCAGCAUCAACAACAGCCGCCACGACAGCAAGCGAGGCAGCGUCUUGUACGCGCGCACAUCCGUGUCAUCAGCUCUGCAGUCACAACAGUGGCACCAGCAGCACCAGCACCAGCAAUCGCAGCAACAGCAGCAGCAGCAUCUGCAAGCAAGUGUCGGCCAUGCACCAGCGAUGGUGAUUGCCCCUCAGCGCCAUGACUUGGGCGCCCGAAUUCACAUUGAUGAUAUUCCAACGGGUGGUGGUGUCACUGACCAAGAAGACGCCUACACGUCACUGCAGCAUCUGCCACGCCACGGUGCGUUGCACUUCCAGCAGCAGCAUCUGACAACAGCACGCCCUUCCAUCGAUGCUCGUGCACCCACAAUAACAGCAGCAACACCAACAGUCAUGCCAGCAACAGCAACGCUGACACACACAUUGCAACAUCAGCCAGUUCUAAGUUAUCAAGCCUCGCGUGUGGUUGAUCCUGAGCAAGCAUCUCGUGCCUUCAAGACACGGCUGCCGCGACCAUCAGCAGUGCAUCGGCUGGCGUCACCACCACCGCCACUGCCCGAAUCGUUCCCUCGCUCACGCUCACGCUCACCAGCACCACCGACAACAACAACAACAACAACAACAACAACAACAACAAAACCAGCGGCAGCAGCAGCAACAGCAACAACGACAGAAGUAACACGGGCUUCAUUGAGAAGAGAGCGUGUACCUGGUAAGGAGGUGCAGCAGCCACUUCAGCACGAGUGCGCGUCAAGGAAUGGCACAUCGACGGCACCCCCUGACUUGCCACAUUUGCCCGAACACAACAGUGCACGCCACGAACCAGCACCAUCGCCCACGGCCUUGCCACAUGCAGCUGCCGUCGACCGCGUCUUCACCGCAUCUUCUGUGUCGACGCCGCGACCUCCAGGCGCAUUCGACUUUGCACUGUUUCAUUCCAAUCUUGCUGCUUCCCUUUCCUUCACCAGCGACAGCGAGGCCUAGAUGCUGCUACUGCUGUUGUUGAUCUGUGUAUGUACGUGUAUGUGCGUGUGUACGUGCGUGUACGUGCGUGUGUGUACGUGUAUGUAUGUGUGUGUAUGUGC